GUCAACAUUCAAAACUCAGCUGUUAAUCAAGCUUGAUAAGGGCGAUCUUGGUUUAAUAUGGAGCUGUCUACUUCAGGAAAAAGCGUGGUAGACUUGAAUACGUCUUUCGUCGGUGGAAACGGAAGAAAUGGUUUGCAAUCUAAUGGAACAACAAAUGGCGAUCUCAAACAAAUCAGUCCAGUAUUGGUAGCAUUUGAGCAAGAACUUUCAAGAUUUAUUAAAUACAUUAAAAAGAAAUCAGAACCAGGACUGAAGACCAAGAAGAAUGACGAAGAACCUCUGGCAAGAGGGUCAAACACAUUGUUUUCCAUGUGGAACACAUAUGAGAGCCGUUUACCACAAUCUUUCUAUCAAGAGAAGCUUUUAAACACUGGAGAUUUCCUUUUCUCUGUCAAGGAAUACAAACUUGCGCAGUUUCACUGCUAUGGAAGAUAUCUGGCUAAACAUGUUCAGAGGAAUCUCACACUUAGUGAGACUGCAGAGCUGGAUGCAGAUAAAUUUUACAAGAUGCAUUUGCCAAAUGGUCUUGACAAUCUGGCUUCUGCUACAAUGGUGCUGCGAUCGGCUCUUGGUGAAGCUAUUUGUUUUUAUCAUGUGAACACUGCUGAGGACCCAAAACUGCAGAAUCCUGAUAUAGUUUCUCAGUGUGUGGCUGCAUUAAAAGUUCUACGAUUGACUACUCAAACCUCCUUACGUAAAGAAGAAUUGUGUUGGCUGGUCUUCAAUGGUACUGUGCAUAUUUACUCCAUCUGCAGACAUCUAAUGGCUUGUGGACACAGCAGCAAGGCUUUAGAGUUCCUUCUCUGGGCUUGCAUGUGCUUAGAAUCAUCUGUUCCUCUCCUCACUGUCAAGUACCUAACAUGGCGUAGCACCCUGUACACUGCUGUCUGCCAGUGUUACUUUGAUCUCAAAGUACCCAUGCAUGCGGAAGCAUUUGCUAAAAGAGGCUUGGGCAAGGUGAAUGAGCUGCAGGAAAUUGAAAAGAUGAGUACGUCAGAGGCCACUCCAGAGAGUGAAGCAGCAUUUCGACAAGCCAAGACAAAGAUGCAAGUCAUGAUAUUCAAGAGGGUGGUGUUUGAGACUCGUAAAAGACCGAAAGGUCUUUUGCGUCCAAAGACAAAACCUAACCUCAAGGAUUUUGCUCAUCAUGCAUGGCCACGGACUCCAACUGAACGUCUCAUGACAGACCUUCAGGGUACAGCUGCCAAAUUUUUGGCCAUAUUAGAGGCCCUCAGUGAGACAUACAGACGUACACUUCACUGCGAAGCACCAACUCCUGACGCAGAAGACACAGCCAUAGAUGUGUGUGCUGAGCUGUUCUUUGCAGGAAUGGAGAUAAUUGCUGGCGGUGGAGGAAUAAAACAGGCAUUGAAACAUGACGGAGUAAUUCAUCCUUCUGUGUGGGAGCUGCAGAACACCUCUAUCAUGGAGCUUGUGGCCAAAGGUGAGAAUGGUGUACCCCUCCCUGCUCUGGUCAAAUUUGUCAAGCAUGCGUUCAGUUAUGAACACUGGGAACCAUUUGGACAGCUGAUCGAACCAACCCUUCAGCUUCUACAGGAGCAGAGUGAUAUUAACAGUCUGGUGGAUAUCAAAACACUGCAGCUCAUGCUGGCGCUGGAGCCGUUUUACAAUACUGUUAAAAAAACAAAGAAAACACCUGCACAGGCAGACGAGGGUGAAACAGGGCCCCAUGCGCAUGGGAGAACUGGAAGUCCGCUUGAAGAACUAACGCAUUUAGCGGAUGUUAUUCAGUCAUGCUCUGAGGAGCCUUUUAAGUCUGCCAUCCUGAUGAAAGACAUUGAUAUGAUGGUGGAUGCUUCUUUAUUCCUUUGGUCAAAAUGCAAGCCUCAUUUCCAGAGAAUCCUGUCUUCGUCUCUGGAGAACUGCAAACAGCUGUUAAAUGAUGUAUUUUUCAAUCGUUGGCUAUACAUUCUGACAGUGGCACACACAGCUCUCUCCUGGAGUAAUGCUGCACUUUUUGAUCCCAUUCUCAGCGCUGAAGUAACACUGAAGUUUUCUCUGUUGUUGGAAUGUAAAGCAGGUACCACUGACAACUCCAGGGUAGGCAGCACAGAUAUCUUGGAGACACCAACAAUUCCUGUAUCCCCAGAGACGGUGGAUAAUAAACAGGAGAAAGCUGAAGGAGAGUUACCAGAAAAACCUGCCAUGGGUCCUGGGUCUUUGAGAAGUCUUUUUACAGACGUCAGUCAACAAAUGAUGGUGGCCAUGGGUGGGGUGUCUGUGGGUGUAAGAGAGGUGCUCAAUAAGGGACUGGGCAUCCUGGACCAGGGGCUCAGGGAUAUCACCAAGGCACGUGAUACAGUUAUUGACACAAGAAAGAGGAACAUUGCUGAUAUCAGUUGGAUCAAGCCUUCAAGUGUAAGCAAACCUAAGACGAAAGAUGAUGACACAGAACAUCAGGAUUCUAACUUGCUUGAGCGGAUGAUAGAAACUUUGCACAUGGAGUUGCUGUUUGUUCGACAUAGAGUUGCUGUAAAGCUUGCCAACUUGGGGCAAGAACCCUGUGAACCAAAGAGAUCAGCCAAAAAACAGAAGGAGAAACCAAAGACUAGUGCUGGUUCCUUACAUUUUAGUGAUGCAGAGAAUGAACUGCUAUCUGAGUGCAACAGGAACCCGCUGUCCAAAGCACUGCUGCGCAUGCACAUGGCGGGACAGGCUGUUACGUCACAGAGUCAUGUGGGGACCGAAAGACAAACACAGCUUCUUAAGGAGAGCCAAGAGCUGAUUGUCAAGUGUCAGCAGCAGGAAAGGAAAAUAUCCAGUUGGAACAGACAAACAGACGACACCAGUGACAACAUUCUUCCCUCUGAUGUCCCCCCGGCCCCUCUCCUUGUGUACCGCAGCUCUGCUGUGUUGGUGUUCAAACCAGCUCCCUUCGAGCCAAAAACAGGAGAAAAGGUGGCAUGGUAUCGACUCUUUGCAAGGUCGGCCAGCGGUAAUAAUGUUAAAGUCAGGCUUAAUGACUAUCAGCUGCCAGGGACUGGUGAAGAGAUCCCGGCCACUGCUGACAUCAAGUUUUUUGUGCGUGGGCUUAAAGCAGAUGAGAAGUACAUGGCAGCAGUAGCAGCUUACAAUGAACAUGGUAAACUGAUCGGUGGAAGUGUUGGCUUAACAUGUCGACCUGUUCUUGCUGCUCAUCCAUUACCUACCCUCAUGGCGUGGGGGUAUUUAGCUCAGCUCUCUUUUGCCUCGGGCGUGUUAUCAGUAGCUAAAUCUGCUGCGUCCGUUUUGUGGAAUCACUUUGUAAAGGAGCGUGAAACAUUUGAAGAGAACACCAAUAUCCAAACAGCCAGUUCCGAUUUGUGCAUCUCUCUACAAAGAGUCGACGAGGACAGAUUGCGCGAAUGUUCACCUGUAUUGGCGAGACUCUUUCUCCAGAGUAUCUUCAUAUCCGUGGACAUUAGGAUCAGGGAGGGGCAUCUGUUCUGUGACUGUCUGUGUGAUAGUGGACCACUUUACAAUGGGCAGGUUGCUCGCCUUGAAGAAUGUGAGCGUCUUCUUCUUGCAAUUCAAGUUUCCGGCUGGCUGAAUGACACUGCGCUUUGUUUACAAGCUGUUGUUCAGUGUUAUGGACUACUAGCACCUCUAAUUCACCAAAAGAUUCCUGCUAAACCAGUUGUACAGGUUCUCCUCCGGUGUCAUGCUGUGCUCCAAGAGGUCCCUUCACUGACACGUCAUAGAAAGUCCUCGUCUACUUCUGACAGUUUGUCACACAUGAUCGCCACAAUGACUUAUUAUAUAGCCAAGAUAUUACAAAUGUGGAACGAGCAGGGAGUAGCUGGGGCCAUUAUUGAACUCGGCAAGAAAAUGCUUAAUAUCGAAACUGCACCUGAUAGUGCUGGUACCAUGACAACCAUGCAAGCUGCUGCUGCGAUGGCAACCGCCACUCUGGGAGGACCGCCACCGAGUAAAACCACCAAAAAGAAGCCUGGGGCGACUAAAAAGCCCAAAGGUGGUGGAGGCAAGGGACUGGGAAAACUUGAGAAGGAAGCCGCUGCCUUCACUGCUGACGCACAGAAUGAGGAGCUGAAGGCCUUGGAAGCCUACAUCUUAAAACUCAGUCAACAGGCUUUGAACCGUGAUGAUGAGGAACUAACCGGCUCGGAAGAUCCAUCUGUCCUUCACUCAGUUGUUGCCAAUCUCCCCGCUCAACAAGCGUACAAAGAAGUACUCAAAUUUAAGAGGAGGACUCGCUUCCUGGGCUUUUAUGUCCAGGUGUUGGCUAAAGCUCUUCAAGAGGGUCUGACAGAAACAGCUCUGGAUUGGACCAAUGAUACCAUGACGUGGAUCGUGAGGAGAAAUGAAAUGCUGUUGGCAAACAAACCCACCAUAGUUCGUCAAGCGGCUGCUACAGCUGGACCGGAAGAAGAAAAAAUUAAGAAAUUUGCAACCGCUAUUGUUGAAUUUAGUAAGCCCCCCACGAGAAGUCCACAAAAAACUCGACAAGGAGAGACUAAAAAUGAGGAUAAAGAGGAAACAGAGAUUGUUGUGCGCAACAAGCAGGAGACUGCGUCCAGACCCCCGCAGUCUCAGAAAAAGUCUGUAGUAUCCAGUACCGUAUCGAGAAAGGCUCGGAGAUUCAAAGGAAGAACAGCUGAAGAGGUCGACAUCUUUAACGCGAUUGAACGACUUCAGGGCUUUUUGCCAGAAUACUGGCGAUCAUCACAGCGAAGAAAAAAGCUACGAGCCGUCAGCUGCGAAGAAUUGCCAUGGAGAGCCCAGAUGGGAAUUCUUCUGGCGGGUGCAAAUUUUGAUUUGUUUCUUGACAAAGUAGAAAGUGGACAACGUUUGGCAGACGUAGGAGACGCCGAAAACCCGUUAUACAGGCCUUCGUAUAUGGAUCCUGAUUGGUUUGGCUAUGCUACAUCCGGGACCUUAAUAGUGUCGUGGGCUGGUGCGUCAAGAAGAGCCUCACCCGAGCCCCCCAUGGGUUUUAGCGGAUCAGCGAGGGAUACGCCAUUUUCUCAGCGUGCUCCAACAGGGUCGCGGUCACACCCACGGGAGGGGACUAGGACUGGUAGCAGAGUGACAGGGGUCACCGGAAGUGAAGGUUCCACCGCAAGCAAGUCACCCAUGUUCUUCCUGCUCUCCGCGCUGGAUCAUUUAUCACGAGCCAUUGUAUUGACUUAUCGUGGCAAGUACUGGAUCAUGCUACAGAACGCCUGCCGAGCCCUAUGGAACAUGACUCAAACGGUGCUCAUGCGAGUCGUGGCAGGGACGCUCCACCUCGCUGAGGACCCUUUGGCUGAAGGAAGCACUGAUAUCGAUGUUCUGAGAAAGGCCCUGUGGCAGAAGUUCUAUUUUGGGGCGGACAGGUUGUUGGACAUGAUGGUUUUGAUUCAAGAGCAGGCAAAAACAGAAUCUGAACAAAAUAAAAAGCGUGACAAAGUGAAGAGGGGAGAUCUGUUGAUUAAUGAGAAGCAAGGCCUGAUGGGAGGAGUUGAAGAUGAGAGAGGUGGAGCGAGUUUGUUGUUUGAGAUACCGCUGGACAACUCGAAUGUUGCGGACACUCGCUGGCUGAAGAGGUUUAUCCUCUACGCAGUGGAGAUGUUGUUCUACGAGAGGAAAUGGGAAAGGGCUGUCAGUAUCAUCUUGAGAUUCAAUGCGCUAACCAGGAGUCGUUAUGCCGAGUCAGUGCUACCUCUCCUUAUCGUCGCACAACGAAAACUUCAGGAGCAAAUCAAUGACCAUGGUGGUCCGUCAGGAAGUCAACCUCUCAUCACUAUCUCCAAGGAAACGGGUAUUGCUGAAGAGUUUUUUAUAAAGCCAUCAGAGUACAUGUCAAUUGAGCCCGCGGUGCAUAUUGAUCCUGAAGGCCAUGAUGUGUACCGCGGUAGUUUGGACGCGCUGAGACUCGUCUCAGUCCCUCUGGAUGUGAAUAAAAGCCUCCAGGCUCUGCACCAGGCUCUUGAGUUGAAGCAUCACACUGCGCGGUCUCUAGAUCACAGUCGACAGCUUUUGUUGUGUUACCUCGCGGGCCAGCAGGAAGGCGGGACAAGCACCCGUGUGCAGCGCGGGUCAUCCCGUGUCGGGUUCUUACCGAGCCAAGUGAAGCCUCCCACAGAUGUUCCACUGGAUUUAACGAAAGAAACGUUUGACUCUGUGGAAGAUGUGCAAACAUUUACGCUGCAACCAUCGCAACUGGCUGUGGUAAUUGCUUCCUACGAUAAGACAAUUGAAAUGUUACAGUUUCGCAAACAGAAGAGUCUGGCUGCUCAAGCUAUGCACGAACUGGGUAACAUAAUGUUUCACAGUGGGAAUAUUAGGGCUGCGUACAAGUGGUGGGCGGAGUCUCUAGACACGAUCCUCAACACAGUGGAUUCGCUCAAAACGUGGCGUGAAUUGACGUCAUCAUCUGAUACAUCACUCAAGCCCGGUGCUGCUCUUCUUCAGAGAUGUGGGCUAUGGGGAUGUCUCCUAGGAGGUGUAUUGGCCGCUAAUAUUGCGCAAUACAUUCACACAUCCAACCUUGGUCUCCGAUUAGAAUGUUGUCUUCUUUCCGCGACAUUCUUCAAGGCGUUGUUCUGUUCUUCAUUACCCCACCCCACAGCGGAAAAAGACUAUGCUUUAUACGAGGUAGGGGCUGGGUGCGAGGUGGCCGAACUGAUACCUGGGAUAGAUCUUCUGUCCGACGCUUUUAGAAGUAAUGGACGGUCAGUUCUGGCCGCGAUUAGAUGGAUCACAGAGGAACUGGCUCGAGCAAGAUACCUCAUAACGGUUCUUCCAUUGAUCACACUGUGUUUGUACUUCUCCACACAUGUGGCACGUGACCUGCAACGAUCUGUGGAUAUAAGAAUUCUCAGGGUCCGUGUCCUCACCGAUCUUGAGAUGUUCUCAGAAGCAGCAAGAGUUUUGACGUCUUUACUUCGUGGAGAAAAACUUCCUAAAGUUUCUGACGGCGGUUUUAGAACAGUAGAAAACAAAACGAAACCUCCGCCAGUUUUCAAUAACAAGGAGUCUGUUAUGAGUGCGGGCAACUUAGCAGUUUUGAACUACUUGCUGGACCACCGUCUGCAACCGUCCUUGCUAGCACUUUACGGUCCACAACUGACUGGACAGCUCACAAUUGCCCAUGCGCAUCUGAUGAUCGCCAUCGCGGCUACAGUUUAUGCCAUACCAGCAGACUGCCACCAAGAACUUACCCGUUAUCUGGAGGCUAAGGAAGAAGAGGAAGCUGCAUUGCUCGAGUUACCAGUUCCCCCUCUACCGUCCCAGUCUCCAACUGGAAAGAAAAACCCCAAGAAAAAGUCCAGCGAUGAAGUUAUAAGUCUUAAGAGCAGUCAAGUCGCUCAAAGACGAAAGCUAAUUGAUCCAGCGACCAUUACCCCAGAACUGAUUAAGGGUUUCUUGUUGGCCACAGCAGAAUUAAUAUUGACAAAUUUGUGUGACUCCCUGUCAGACGCUCCAGACCAAGCCAGUUUUGAAGAUGAGCCUCUAAGUAUGUCUUCUGUGGAUCUGGAACAGGUUUGCCUCUCUCGACUUGAGCUGGCGGAAAUUGCCAGUCAGCGACAUCAUGCACUAACCAGUGGUAACAUUGUGUAUGCGUGCAUGAGAGCAUUGGAAGAUGCUGCGAUUUUGAAUGAGCUGGACUUAGAGAAACGUGCUCCUUCCCUCAUGUCUAGCCAGGUCCGAUCCGCGCAUAGUACCGUCUCAGGGUGGGGUGGGGACCAUUAUUUCCAUAACCAAGCACGUUCAAGAUUGGAUGCUAGGCUGUGGCUCACCUGUAGACUGACCCUGGCUCAUGGACUCGCAGAAGAGGACAGUGGAAUGGGGAAAUUAGGGGGCUCGACAAGAAGUGUUACCAGCUCUAUUGGAACAUGCUUGCAUCAUUGUCGACAAGGUUUGGACGAAGCAGAAGCAUUUGGUGACAUAGAACUUAUGGCUGAAUUCUCCUUGUUGAGUGUGGUCCAGAAUUUACAACAAGGAAAAAUGGGGCCUGACUUGCUGGAAACGCUAGAGAAAGUCGUUCUCAGUCUGGAGCAGAGUCCUGCUUUGUCCUUCUCAGGAAAACAGUUAUUGGCUCUGACGAUCAUUCAGCACGCUGAUAUCAGACCUUCGGGUCACAUAUCUUCCACCAUGUCGUAUCUUAACGACCCUCUGUCAGCGUACACAAGAGCUAUGACUUAUUUACUUGAGCAGUUGACCCAGUCUGGAAGCGAUGUAAAUCUGGUGGAGACAUCUCCUGUUAGGCCUCUACAUAACAUCUAUUUCCGACAGCUUCUCCCUCUGAUUGACCUUAAACUUCGUAUCGGUCGAACUCUCACCAAACAAACCCACCUGUCUGAACAUGAUCGGGACUCGAACGUCAUUCCAGCCGAGUGGCAGACUGCAGUCAGAGAACUGGAACUAGGACUUGAACUGGCGAGAACCGCUGCUUGUCAGCGGAAACCUAUUGAAGCGCAGCUGUUGUUGACUCUUGGUCAAGUUCAAAGGCAGAUGCUUCCGAGUGGUCAGAUAUCUCCCCGUACGGUAGUUAACACACUGGUGGAAGCUGUACAGUGCACCUUUAUUUCUGAUCACGAUCUUGGUUUAAUGAAGCACGCCUAUCUGGAGAUGGCGCUGGUCCUCAUCAGUAACGCCAACACUCUCAAGCCUCCUAAGACACCCGAGCAGCCGCCCAGACCUGCAGAGUCCCCUACCUUAGGCGCUAAGGAAGGAGGCCGGAAGAUCAGCAAGAAAGGAAGCGCCAAGGAGAAGGGAAGGAAGGAGAAAGAGACGCGGGAAAAGAACAAGGAACUGGACCAGGAAAUGAGGACAGCUUGGGCUGCUAUUCGUGCUGCGGGGGUGGUGUCUUCUGCUCAAUACAAGAUCGGGAUUCUCACAGGAGAUCCUGAAAUCACCGCAUUGAAACUCUCGGAGAAAGCUGCCAACUCAGUUCCAGGUCUCGCGCUGUUCGACCUGUUGGGUACCGAUGACGUCAUUAAAAAUUCGGAGAAUGGUGCGUUGCUUGCUCAGGAUGGAAUUGUCACCAUGGGAACCACUAUUAACAAUUCCAACCGUGUACAAAUCACCUGGCUUCAUCUCCUCGGGUAUCUUUCCGUGCUUCGCCGUCAGUGUUCGUACGCUGCCCUCGGCGUGCAUUCGGAGGACGGAGAAUUAUCCUCAAGGGGCAGCACAUCGGUCUUACCUUUGUUCAGCGCAAACAAAGCUUUGAAGCUCUCCAACAUGCAUUCGUUCCUAAGGAGCGAGCUGGGGCCGUAUGCUGCAGAGUGCUGUGGGGUAUCUCCCCCAGAGGUCUUGGUGAAUUACGGACAUGCAAACGGACCCCAGGUGACGGUGACCCAGCCUUUACAGACUGACCUAGCAGGAGAUAAUUCAAAGAAAGCUGAUCUUAUAGACAAGUCUACCAAAGCUAGUGACUUUGAGAUGUGUAUCCAAUGGUUUCAACCAGAGCUUGACUGUGUGUUUGUCCAAGAUCCAGCGGACUCCCAGUCAGAGCGCCACAGAGCAGUUUGUGUCUUGUACGCCUUUAACAAUAAAGCUCUUGAUCUUUCGGCGAACCCACUCGUCGGUCAAGUCAAGGCCGGGCUUUAUCACGUGAUAGAGUCUCGUGCUCAGGCCCUCCACGAAAAGCUUAUGGCCACGUUGGAAAAAGCCGAGAACGACCUGGCACCCGUGCAGAGCUCUCAAACGGGACCUGGAAAUCCUGAACAAAAUAAGGGCCGUCCGUCUAAAACGGAUCCUGCGCAAUUGAUGGUACCUGGAAAUUUGGAACAGAAACCCUCUGGGACUGGGGUUACAUCGCGUAAAAAGAAGAGCAUGGGAAUAAGGGCUCUCUCAGCUAAGCAAAGAAAGGACGAUCACAUAAGGGCCCUGCUGAGAGAGCAUCUGAGUGAAAUACGAGCCUUGUUACAACGUGAAGUGCCAGUUCCAGUUGAGGAAGUACCAUUUGAAGUCAAUCUCCAGAACGUGGAUUGUCUCGAAGCCAUGUUUGACCCAAGUCGCGGGAACCUUUCCAAAACAACACAGGCAUUUUAUACUUGGCUUUCAUCCCUUCUGGAAAAUUAAAUUUUGGAAUUUUUGUUUAAGUUUGUCCAGGCAGGCGGAAAAAACGUUGACAAACAUUUUUUUCUUGAAACUUUUAGCGAGGAUUUAGAAAAGGAAUGAAAAAGCCAUCAUACAGUGGAGUGUUCGUGCGGUAUAUUUAUCUUGUUUCACAGAUUUAAAUUGUUGUAUAUUCACUUGGACUGCAUAAUGGAGCUGUAUUUUAACAUGGCGUUUGAUAUUUAUUGCAUUCCUGAUAAA